AUGCAGCAAGAAGCAGAGAGAUGCAGAGUUCGAGCCAGAAGGCCUGACAUGGCACUUUAUGUACCUAAAGCUCGAAGGGGUGUAGUACUCUUCAAGUCAGGUGAUGAGGAAAAAAGCUGUGGUCCAUCUAACUGCGUGGUGAAAGAGGAUCAAAAAGAAGAUUGUCUCUCCCAAAAGGAGAUUUUUAGAGACAAACCUGAGGCUCAAAGACUAAGUUUUAAUCCUGAUAAAAAGGAACACAAUCAUAGGGAAGGAAAGAAAUCUUCAACAAAAUUAAGAAAAGAUACAUGCCUUCAAGAAAGAAAUAAAGAUAGGGUUUGUACUAAGAGGGGAACCACAGAAUCCAAAGAAGUAUUAUCCCAAGGACGUCAGCAAAGAGGCUCAAAUCCUGGGAUUAUACCUAGUGUAUUUUUACAAAGACAUUUUAAACCAAAGAAGGUGGAGUGUUUGGAGGUUGGAAGCACAGAUGGAGCAGGACAUGAGAGGUUGCUUCCAUCUCAGUCUUGUUCAGAAAUCAGUGAAGCUCAGGUUCUAAAUAAACCAUUCCAAAAUGUGGAAUUCUGUGAUUUCAGUAGGCAUGAACUAAGUGGGGAAACAUUUGAAGACAGAGAUUUGGAAAGCAGAAUUGAAGCUGAUGCCAGGGUUGUGGAGAUACUAUCCGAGUUUCCUAGAGUUUUUAGUUCUGUGUUGAAACCUGAGAGUGUGCUUGCACCGGUAAAACUAGACUCUGAUUCUGGACUUGUACAACAAGGCAUGCAAACAUCAGGUGGAAUGUUGAAGCUCAGCAAUGGAGGCAUCACCACUGUUUGUGUUCCUGGAAGUCCGGAUGGUGUCACUGAUCAAACUUGUGUAGACUUUGAAGCUGAGAAUGUUGGUAAUGUAGCAAACAGUACAGAUUUCAUCUUGGGUCAAAAAGGUAUAGAUUCCAGUCCUGAGGCUAUGGGUUACAUCUCUCAUAAAACGACUGUAAUCAGCAAAUUAGAGGACACAAAUGGCAUUUUUGAGCCAACAGUGAUUAGAGAGUAUGAGGAGAAUGACAACACUACUGAUGAAUUAUGUGUAAAGUAUGAACCUUCUGAUACAGCUGUCCUGGCUCAUGAAACUGAUACAGAUCAUGGGUCUAAGAGUGUAGGUGACAUUACCAAUAAGGCAUGUAUGAUGGACAUUACAGAUGUCAUAUCUGAUCAAAUAACUGUAGGCAGCCCUUGUGUAGUUGCAGUUAGAAUAGCUGAUGAGGACUGUAGCAACACAAGUAGUUUCUCAAAAUAUUUAGAAAUGAGCGCAGAUACAGCUCCUCUUCAUGUAGCUGUGAGUGGGAAUGACACUGAAAAUUUCAGUAACCUGACUGCUUGCUCAGAUAUUUAUGCUGGGAGUAUUUCAUCUAGUUUCACAGAGUCAACAGGAAAGUUGAUAGAGAGCUUGUCAGAUUGUGCUUCCUCCUUACCUAUAAAGAAGAUUGCUGGUAGUAAUUGUAGCACUUUUUUGGACUCUGAACUCUGUAUGUUAAAUGGAACAAAAGUCCUUUCAGACAGUGCCUUGGGCAACGAUCUAGAUUGUACUGGUGAUAUAACAGAGGCAUUGCAUGAACUAAAAACUGCUGAAGAGUUCAAAACAAAAGAGGAAGAUGACUCAGAGAAUAUAGAGUUUGGUGUAUCCUUUCCUGAUAUAGAAUCAGUAUCUAUGGAAACAUCCAUAGAACCGAAAGCAACUGAAACUUCUCACAUGGAAGGAAGUGCUGCUGCUGAGGAGAGCUGGGAGUCUAUGUUUAAUGAUGAUGGUGACUGCCUGGAUCCACGUCUUCUACAAGAGUUAUCAGGGAAUAUGAAGAAUAGAGAAAGCAUCCAGGAAUCUAGAUUUGAUUAUUACAACCAUGAAGUUCCUGAUAUUGACCUCAGUGAUUGUGAAUUCCCACAUGUCAUUGAAAUUUAUGACUUUCCCCAAGAAUUUCGUACUGAAGACCUCCUACGGGUUUUCUGCAGUUAUCAAAAGAAAGGAUUUGAUAUUAAAUGGGUGGAUGAUACACAUGCCCUAGGAGUAUUCUCCAGUCCGAUUACAGCUCGUGAUGCUCUGGGUAGUAAACAUGCCAUGGUGAAGAUCCGGCCCUUGUCACAGGCCACAAGAGCAGCUAAGGCCAAAGCUAGAGCUUAUGCCGAGUUCCUGCAGCCAGCAAAGGAGCGUCCUGAGACUUCAGCAGCCUUAGCCAGACGGUUGGUUAUCAGUGCCCUUGGGGUUCGAAGUAAGCAGAGCAAAACUGAAAGGGAAGCAGAGCUCAAGAAACUGCAAGAAGCCAGAGAGAGAAAACGGUUGGAAGCCAAGCAACGGGAAGACAUCUGGGAAGGCAGAGACCAGUCCGCAGUUUGAACAUCACUCAAUAAAGGGGAUUAUUCCAUGAAUUCAGAAAAUAUUUCCAUAGUCUUCAGAAAAGAGGAUGCUUCCAGAGCUCUGUGUACAUGCAGACGUGCAUAUUAGUGAAAGAAAGAGAUAAAGCAAUCAAGACAAGAUUGACUGGGUAUAGAAAGAAGAUAGACUCCUGUCUGUCUUUACUCCUAAAUGCAGUUCUUUGGAAUCGCCUUCCUGUUUUGGGCAUGGAAAGGAGCCGUCAGUUAGGAAGAAACAUGGAAGAUGUGACUUCCAAGAGUCAUCUGGACAGGGCAAGUCAUGUUAGCAUGGGUCACAAGAUGUUUUAAGCAAAUACAAAACAGAGGAUUCAAACCUGCGAUGAUGGGAGAUUUAGGCCCUGCAAAGGCAGGGUGUUUCUGAAUACCUCACAAAGCUGAGAACAGCAAUACUUGUGGGGGGUGUGGGGUGAGCAAUUAGUACAAGGAGACAGAACAGUGUCUGGUAUACUUGGUAUUCACAGAAUCUACACUGCCGUUUCAGAACUCCAAAGUUGGUGAACUGUAGCAGAUAUGGGUAUUUGGACUCCAGAGUUCGUACUGAGCUGAGUGCCUGGCGCUGCUCCAGCUGCACAGCAGCCAGGGGCAUGCCAGCUUCAUUGCUCGUAGGAAGCCAGUCUUGGGAGCUGCAUGCCAGUUCCAGUUUAAGCGUACUUGUCAUGUUGUAAGAGGGAGACAUUAAAGCCCAUUUUAUGACAUA